AUGAACAAAAAUACACACCCGGCCGCCAGCAAUGAGACUGUCGCUGAUCAGAGUAAUAACACAGAUGAAAAUUCAACGACGACUACUAGUAACACAGAAAUUACUCGGAUUCCAAACAAGCCAAAUAUUGCAAUGCCAUGUUACAAGAGAAUUAUUUUACAAGUCGGAGUGACAUACAGUUAUUGUACAUGUGGAUUUAGUAAAUUAGAAGGAGGAGCGUUUUGUGACGGUACAUGCAAAAAUAGUGAUGAAAUUAAAGGAUGGGAACCUAAAGAAUUUACAGUUAAUAAUUUUAACAGCGGAGGAUAUUCAAUUUGUUGCUGUAAAAGAACUCAAAAACCACCAUUUUGCGACGGUUCUCAUAUUGAUUUGGAUUGGUAA